AAGAUUAAAACCUACAAUACAAAUGUUUGGUACGAAGUCAUGUACUUUAGUUUCACUAACUGAAAAUGAUAAAAAAAUUGUCUUACCGCAUAAUGAAAUCAUUUACAUAGGAAGAAAUCCAAUUACUGAAAUAAAAGACUUACAUCUAUCUCGUAAUCAGUUGUCAAUUCAGGCGAAUUACGAUACAGUUGAAGUUGUUGCAAGUGUUGUUGGAAGCAACUAUUCAGAAUGUAAUGGUUACAUUAUGGAGAAGAAUGAAGUUUAUAGAUUAAAGCAUGGUGAUAUAUUAGCAUUAAAGUCAAAUCAAUAUCAAUAUGAAAUUGUAUUUGAUCCACCACCACCACAAUCAGACUAUGUUAUAAAUGAAAACUCAAAACGUGAAGGCAGUGACCAAGGCCUUGAACCUGAAACAAAAAGACCUAAAUUAAACUUUCCAGUGUUUGAUUGUUCGAAACAAAAUAUUUCAAAAGCCAAUGUAGAGGAGAACACUAUUAGUGGAAAUUGGGAAAUAAUUGAUAGACUGUGUUUAAUUUUUACAUCAACUAAUUUUAAACCCUCACCAAAGAUUGCUGCCUUUGACUUAGAUGGUACAAUAAUUCGAGUAAAGUCUGGUGCCCAGUUUCCAAAAAAUAAAGAUGAUUGGGAUCUUUGGAAUGUCAUUGUACCAAAAAAACUUAGAGAACUAACUGCUGAUGGUUAUUCCAUUGUAAUAUUCAGUAAUCAAGCUGCAAUUAAACAAGAUCAGUCCAAAGUAAAAGAGUUCAAAGAAAAAAUAAGUAACAUAUUACAAAAGAUAAAUAUUCCUAUAAUAGUAUUUAUAUCUACAGAUAAAAGUAUUUAUCGAAAGCCAGUUCCAGGUAUGUGGGAUUUAUUCACCAAAAAGUAUAAUUCUAAACUUGAUGUUGACUAUUCCAACUCAUUUUAUGUUGGUGAUGCAGCAGGUAGACCUAAAAGUUGGGCAUCUAGUAAAAAGAAAGAUCAUUCACUUGUAGACCGCUUAUUUGCUGAAAAUAUUGGACUUAAGUUUUACACUCCUGAAGAAUUAUUUUUGGGAAAUAAACCUGGGGAAUACAAUAAACCAAGUUUUGAUCCACAGCUUGUGUUUUCUACUCCAAAAAAGUCCCCACCUCUCAUUAGUUCGAAUUGUGAACUUGUGGUCAUGGUAGGGUUUCCUGGUUCAGGGAAAAGCACUUUUUGUAAAGAAAAUUUAGUUAAGAAUGGUUAUAUUUAUGCAAAUAGAGAUACAUUGGGUUCUUGGCAAAAAUGUGCAAAGGUUGUUGAAGAGGGGUUGCAAAAUGGAAAAUCGGUUGUAGUAGAUAAUACCAAUCCGGAUGUAGAAUCUCGAAAAAGAUUUAUUACUCUUGCUAAAAAGUUUAACAUUCCUUGUAGAUGCUUUAUAAUGAAUGUUGAUCUCAAUCAUGCGAAGCAUAAUAAUAAGUUCAGAGAACUGACUGAUAAACGUGUAAAAGUGACUGAUGCAGUUAUACAUAGCUAUAAUAAGAACUAUAAAGAACCAACACUAGAUGAAGGAUUUAAUGAAAUUGUUCGUGUAGACUUUGUCCCUGUCUUUGAAAAUCCGGAAAAGGAAAAGUUAUACAAAAUGUUUUUGCUUGAAAAUUAAUUUCGUCACUUUAUAUUUCAAAUUAUGAUAUGUAUGA